CCUUCCAACCCAGGUCAUUCUGUGAUUCUGCAUUUAUGUCUGUUUGCACAGACAGCUUUUCCAUGCAGCCUGACCAAGAGGUGGAAGCAAUGAGUCCAGGGACUAGCUUUGUUUUUCUGGAAGGAAAUAACAAGUUGACUGUAUGUUCUGAAAGUCAGGCUCCCCUACUUUGCUGCCAAUGCCUAAAGCGGGUCUGAAAUGGGAAUUGAAUUCAUAUUUUUAAACCUCUUUAAGAUUCAUUUCCCUUGUUGCUUUAGUUCUUAUAAAUAGACUGAGAUUUUUGGCUCUAAGAAUUAAUUAUUUCCAGUAAAAAAAUCCCGAAAAAGAAGGACCCUGUAGAAAUCAACAAAGUUUGGCAAGAAUUCCUUGUUUUGUAAGGAAAAACUCGCUUUCAUCUUCUAGAUAGCUCUCCAUUUAAGGACUGCACUCCUCAGAGGCCAUUCUGGUAUUUCUAUGGCUAUAUAUGGAGCCUGCUGCUCCUCAGUGGUUCCUUCUGAUAGUCUCAGGGCUGAGUAAAGGUCAGGCCAGGAAGUCUUUGAUGGCAAAUCUCCCCAGACCACCUUGAUACCCUUCCUGAAUGCCACGGAUGGGAGAAAAAUGUGAGUAAGCCUUGUGUUGUGCAACUUCUGGGAACUAGUUGCUGCAGGUACAGGAGAAGCACUGUUGUUGCACAUCUACAAGAUAAAUAUUAAUGAUUAAGCUGUGUUUAUUGUAAGUAUGUAUGCCGAAAGGCCCCAAAACGUCUCCUCACAGUCUCCAAAGACAGUCUUUUCCAUUUGCAUUCAUUAUUACAGUGUCAGAUCAGAACAAAACUUCACAGUUUUUAUGGACUUUCUUUAGGUGGCUCACACAAGUUGCACAAUUUUAUUUGCUUUUUUGGUCUGUUUUCUUUGCUGAUUCUCUCAGAGAGGCUGACUUCCUCAGGGGGCUCUUCUUACCUUGGAUGCGUAGAGCUUGUCAAAAACAACGGAAAGUAAAAUGAGGAAAGGAAGUUUAGAGUAGAAUUGGGUUUUAUUUCUUCUCUUCCUGAUUUCAAACUGAAGAUUUUGAUCCAUUUUUUCUUUACUUAUUCCUUUUUAAUUCUAAAACAGACUUGUUUUAAUGCAGGGUUUUCUGUUGGACAAAUUGGUCUUGCAAUGCAAAGUUGUUUUUAAUUCCAUUUAUAUAUACUUUAAAAAUGUUGAAAGCAGAAGAACUAAAGCAAUGAGUUUUUUAGGGUUUUUAUUUUUUCCCAAGCCAUGUUUUUUCCUAUGAAAGGUCUCUGCUGGAAUAAGAUCUGGUUUUUUUUGUUUAAAAUUCCUGAGCAGUUCAAACACGAACUCACUCUUUUUAAUGUCUGGCUCAUUAACUGCUGUACUGCAGUACUCAGGACGUGCUGGUACUGAUGGGACAGGCCUGCUGUUCUCCUCUGUUAAUGAAUUUGUCUUCCUCUCUCAAUGAAAGAUUGAACUUCUGUUGGUUCUCAGUUUCAGUUGUUGGUGACAUGUAGACAACUGGAUGUUCUCUUCAACCAACAGAGACUUUGCUAGAGAAGAUGCUGCUGGAAGUGAAUGGGACUAGACUCAGGUCACGUAUUUGUCUUCAAAACAAAACCUAAUGUUUGGGGGCUAAAUACGGUGCUGUGUAACUGAAACUUGCUACACAUGAAAUCAUCAUCGUGACGUGUGUUUGCUUAUUGCCCUGCCUUAGACUGGACAGAUUUGUUUCCUGUGAAUAUCGUCUGAGAAAGGGGAGACGGGCAAAUCUACAUGUUUGAAAAGAGGUUGUGACUCAGUCAGUGCUAUGAAACUUUGACAGUUUGAAUAAGGCUGUGGGAGCAGCGUAGUUGGGUAAAAUUUGCUUCCUGCCGGGGCAGUUGUUGUCACUGUUUGUUUUUCGCCAAGUCUGAAAACCAAAAAGCAGUGUCAAAAGUUCAGUUAAUUAGGGGUGCAAGACUAUAUAGCAGAGUUUGUGUGAAAGGAACAAGGGGAGAAGGAUGUGCAGCAGCUCAGAAUUAAACCAAAACCACUGCAGUUUGGUAAGGAUAGGAGACUUUCCUUUGGUUCAUUGUGAUCAGACUUCUCAACUGCCUUCUGCUGUCAUGUGGCCUCAGCACUGUCUGUCCCUUUCCUACUCAUUGUUUUGUCUUGACAGCUGAGAAGGCUGCUGCCUUCCUUUCCUACCCUCACUACUCUUCCAUAUUCUUCUGAAAUACUAGUCACAGUGUUUUCCCUGCUGUUGUUCUCGAACAGGUGGGUACACCUUUGCUGUCCUUUGACCUGCCCUCUGCAGACAGCUUUUAUCCCCUCAUUGCUUGGCAUGGAAGCAAGUGCUGGCAUCCAGAAGUACCACCAGAAAUGGGAAAUAAGAGCUUGGGUAAUGUAUGUGAAUGGGAAGCAUCUUUGCUUCACAGUGGUUCACUCUUUACAUCUGUAAAGCAAAGAAAGCUUGUUGUAGACUACCUAAGGGACCUGAUCCAUAGGAUACCCAUAACAGUGCCAGAAUGAAACAUCCUAAGCUCUUCUCCAUACUUAGCCAUCCUUACAGUGCAGAACCUUGGAGAUUUCUCAUAUGACUCUUUGAUGGUGUUGACUGUCUCUGCCAUAGGACAUACACUUCAUUUGAACUUACAUGUAUAUUUAUAUAAAUCGUUCUGGUUUGGGGAUGGAUUAAGUAGAGAGGUGCUCGUGGCCCCAGCUGUUCUGACAGGAUGUAUUUUUUUGAGGGUAUUUCCUUUCCGAACAUUUCCCUACCUGAGCAGAAGUUAUGUUUAAAUGUAUUCAGACAUGGUUGAAUGCAUCCUCCUGUUCUGCUUUGCUGGUGAUGCAUGGAGUGUUGCAGAGUUGUGUGCUCUGAAUAAUCAAACAGCGUACUAAACAAGGAAGCUGCCUUCUGCUUGAAGGGAUGAGUCAACCAUUAGAUGGGCUGACCUUUUAUUGUAUGUCUUAUGUGAGAUAUUUUACACUGGGAUUCUCAGAAAUGUUCUGGCAUUACUCAAUAUGUUUUCUUCCCCGCCUUCUACUGCAGUGCUUGCUGGGUGAGUAGUAGCUCUCAGUGUUACGUAGGCAAGGCAUAUAUAUGCACACAUGCAUGCACAAAUAAAUUCAGAAGCAGGGAUAACAUGUAUGCUAUUUAUAAGCAGAGUUCAUCACUGCCAGUGGAGCAGUUAUCCUUUGCUGUGAGGACACACCUGGAGAAGGUAGGACAUCAAAUGCCAAGUGCUACAUAUAGAGCUUUUGUGCUAGCAUUUGUUAAUUGGUAUCCAUGUGGGUGGUACAGAGUUAGGGUGUCCCAAAGGGUUGAAGGGAGUAGAACUGUUGUCACUUGCCAGAGGCAUGGUGCUGAGAGGAAGCUGUCCUGUAGGAUCCAAAGAGUGUAUCAGUUACAUGGUAUCUCUAGCCACGCUGAACAGCAGCUGCUGUUGUACUUUUCUAUGGAAGUAUUGGAGGCAAAGGCAGAAAGUCCAUGUCAGCAAACAUGAGAAGAAUGGGUGCGAUAUAAAGCAACUAGAUGAGCUGGGUCAGCUGCUCUGCGUGUCACAGCUCCAAAGCUUCUGCCUGCCAAAUGGUGGGGAACACAGGCUGGUGUUGCAGCUAACCGAGAUUUUGUUCACCUUUCUGCUCUCAGCUUUGCUGUUUACAGAAGAUUUUGCUGGUACUUGGCCACAGAAGUUAUAAGUUUCUUCUGAGGUUCAGCUGAAGUUGUGGGCAGUCAGGAUCUCUGAUAGUUAGGAUGAUUAUGAAUGUGGAUGUCAUAACCUUAAGUGCUAAAGGACAGAACCCAAAUAAAUGGGAAAUUCGUGUUUCCACUGAUUUUUACAGAGCUUGGACAAUCUACAGAGUAAAGAAUGUAUCUUUUAAAUUCUGAGCCAGAGUCUUUAAAAGUGUUUACUCAGGGAGGUAUUGGCUGAAGCUCUGAAAGCCAUCCAGGCAUUUUCCCUACAGACUUAUUGUUAACUUCAGUGGGAGACUCUGAGGCAGGUUCCUUGCGUGGCCUUGAAAAUCUCAGUGCCGGAAGAUGUUCAUGACCUUUUGGGCCAAGAAUCUAAGCACUGGAAAUUCAGGGCAAGGAUCUCCACCUAGCAGUACUUUCAUUUAUUUUGUGAGAAAACACACGUACGUACUUCUUUUCAGGAUAUUGUUGUUUGCUAAAGCACCCGUGAGAAAAACAGGAGUCAGCGUUGAGCUUUUAUUUCUGAAAUACACUGCUAUGUUUAAUUAAAGACUUGGAGGUUGUACCUGCAAGUGCAGUUUUUGUAAUGUAUUUUAAGAGACUAACAAAGAUUUCCAGUGCCUUGUACAGUCACUUGUUCAUUUUGACUGUUUAUUUCUCUAGUUAAAGUUCUGUUGUAUUGCAAGAAUGGCUGUGAAAGAUGGCCUGGCACCAUUUGUUCUGCUCACCCUAAAAGAAAUCAUAAUGGCUGGAAGAGACAUGCAUGGACUACUCUCCAUCCACACCAGAAGACACAGUGGGACGCACUGACAGUGUAGUUUGUUAACAUUGCUGAGCGGAGUACAGGUGAUGUAUUGUCAUCUACAGCUGUGUCUGGCUCCUGCUCAUACACAGGACUGAGGCCAAACAGCAGGCAGAAGGUGGAACAAGAUCCAGAACUCUUCUGGAGAAGACAUACCUCAUCCCAAUAAACUCCUCAGGGGAAGAAUAUCACCAUGCCUUUGUUGCCAUGCCUGAAAAAAAAGAAGUUCCCUGGGUCUUUGGGAAAGAAUAUCUUUCAAAAGCACAACCCGCCUGUCCAGCAGAACUACCAGGCCUUGCUGGAGAUGUGCUUGAAGAAUAAACAACUGUUCACUGAUGAGAGUUUUCCCGCUGACAUCAGCUCUAUUGGAACGGGAACAAUACUGAAGAAACUCCCCCGAAAUGUACAGUGGAAGAGGCCAUAUGCUUUGCACAGAUCUCCAGUAUUUUAUGCUGCAAACAGAAAACAACUUGACCUCUGCCAAGGAUUAGUGGGGAACUGCUGGUUCCUGGCAGCUCUGCAAGCCCUGACAUUCCACCAGGACAUCUUAGCUGCAGUCGUGCCACAAAACCAGAGCUUUGAGAGGAAAUAUGCUGGCAUUUUCCACUUCCGGUUCUGGCACUUCGGUGAAUGGGUCGACGUGGUGGUUGAUGAUCGCCUGCCGGUGAACGAGGCGGGAGAGCUGGUUUUUGUUUCUUCAGUCUAUAAGAAUGUGUUCUGGGGAGCCCUUUUGGAAAAGGCAUAUGCUAAACUCUACGGCUCCUAUGAAGAUCUGCAGAUCGGACAAGUUUCAGAAGCCUUGGUGGAUUUCACAGGUGGUGUUAAUAUAAAGAUCAAGCUUCCAGCAGCUCCUCCUGAUCUGUGGGAUAUCCUGACAAGAGCGACCUACAGCAGAUCUCUCAUGUGCUGUCAGACACAGUUAGGGACAACAAAGGUGUUGAAGAAUGGACUUGUUGCUGGCCAUGCUUACACAGUAACUGGUAUUAGAAAGGUGACCUGCCAAUAUGGACCAGAAAACCUAGUGAGACUGAGAAAUCCAUGGGGGAAAAUUGAAUGGAACGGAGACUGGAGUGACAGCUCUUACAAGUGGGAGUUGCUGAGCCCUAAGGAGAAAAUUUUGCUGAGGAAAAAGAAGGAAGAUGGAGAGUUCUGGAUGUCUCUGCAAGAUUUUAAGAUUCAUUUUGUAGACUUUGUGAUCUGUAAAUUAACUCCAGACCUGGUGAGCCAGGAAGAUGGGAAAAAGUGGAUGUACUCUCUGAAGAAUGGGAGAUGGGUUAAAGGAAGCACAGCAGGAGGAAGUCUGGGAUUCUCCAAGGGCAUGUUUUGGAUGAACCCACAGUACUGGUUGAACAUUUUAGCAAGUGAAGACAGUAAGAGAAACCUGGGUUCCUGCAAUGUGGUUAUAUCUCUGAUGCAGAAGCACAGCAGCAAACACCGAAACAGAGCUCCUCACCUCUUCAUUGGCUUUUCACUCUACAAGGUGGCCCUACAGCAAGAAGAAAUCAAUCGAAAGCUGCCUCCAGCAUUCUUCACCCAGCACCAGCCUGUGAACAAGCGCCAGGUCUUCCUUGAUGAACGGGAAGUGACUUGUGACUUCCACCUGGAGCCUGGUGUCUAUGUGAUCGUGCCAUCCACUCUGGAACCUCAGCAGGAGUCUGAAUUCAUUCUACGUGUCUUUUCCAGGAAGCAUGUCCUUCGGGAAAUGGGUGGGAACACCAGUUUCAUCCUCUCCAAGGAAAUUGUUGACAGAUAUGAAGGCAAGAUCUGGGAGGAUUUCUUCACAAAGCAUUUUGAACAGAAUCCUGAAAUAAAUGCUGUUCAGCUCCAGAGGAUCCUGAAUAAUGUAUCUUGGAGACAUUUUCGGAGUUUUCGCUUGAGUUUCAGUCUGGAUGCCUGCCAGAGUAUCCUGGCACUCCUGGAUCUGAAUGCCUCUGGCACUCUGAGUAUCCAGGAGUUCCGAGUCUUGUGGAAAAGGCUGCUUUUCUACUUGGAGGUUUUCCAGAAAAGAGACACUCACAGAUCAGGAAAGCUUGACCUGGUAGAACUGCAUGCAGCUGUACAGGAGACAGGCAUUUCACUCAGCAAUGAAGUCUGUAAUUUGAUGGCGAUCAGAUAUGGUGACCCUGACUUGAAGAUCAGCUUUGAGAGCUUCAUGUGUUUCAUGCUUCGAGUAGAAAUUAUGGGAGAGGCCUUUCGCAACUUAACACAAGAUGGCAGAGGAAUAUACCUGCAGGAAUCUGAGUGGAUGAUGAUGACUCUGUAUUCCUGAAGGAGUGCUGCAGAGGGGACGGCAAGGCCUGUGCUGCAAUGAGGAAGGCUACUUUCUAUCAACUUGCUGUGUAUGUUGGAGUCUGGGCUCUUCCCUGCAGUUUACCUCAUAUGAAUUCUUCCCCUCAAGCAGACUUGACCUACUGACCACAGACUUGUUGCACUGAAUUUUUUUUUAAUGAAUACGUUUAUUUUGAGUCCUAUUGCACUUCAGACAACCCUUCUGAGAAGAGACUGCUGAAUGCCAACUGCUAUGGAUGCAUGUUGAGACACCAUGGAGCAUGGAGACUAAGUUGUUGGAAUCACCUAUUUAAUGCUAAUGUUACACUGUUGUUGAUGUAAUUUGGUACAUGCUGUAGCAGUUAUCCAAAGGCUGUGCUUGAUGAUGGAGCUUUACUGGGGCAAGUAAGUCCAAACCUAGGAGAGAAACAGCCCUUGCCUGAAGUGUCUUGGUAUCUAAUAGAGAAAAUCUAAAUUCUGUAGUUGCUUGGCCUGUGAUAGAGAGCUGGAGUCUGUGUGCUUGUCAGGACAAGGGGUUGGGGAAUUCUUCCUUGGCCAUGGCUUGGAAAGAUCAUUUGCGAUCAUCCGAACCGUUUCUUUUGCUUUCAUGAGUCAGUAUAGCUCUAUUGAAGUAAACCUAAGGUGAUUUGACCAGUUGGUGGACCAAGCCUCCUGCUCUUAGUUGAGAUGGUGCUUGUGAUGCUUGCAGAUUUAGUUCAGAGCAGGGGGAUCUCUCUGCAAGUUGAAAAGGACAGUACAGUGAGAAAUAAAUGAAUCCUAUGUUGUCUUUAAAUCACUGGAGACUAAUGUUCACUGUAGCAUAAUGCAGGAGCAGUCUGGCAAAGAGACCCAAAGCCAUUUGGGUGUUUGUCAGUUCUUUUCGUGAAGCAAAAUGAGAAUGUGUAUGUGUGUGUUGUUAAGUGAUACAGGUAUAUACAGGCUGUAGUGUUAGAGAACACACUUGGGGCUAUUCCCACCAAACUCUGUGUUGGAGUUAGUUGAUGCAUCUCUCUGUACGACCCUUCUUCGUUUCUUUACCAUUUAGUUGUUUGCCUGGAUAUUUCCACACUAAGUGCUUGUUACAGGUUGCUGCUUUGGCUUUUGCAUUCCAGUGGUCAGCACAAUUGUACUUUCUCUUGUGCACAGUCUCCUUAGAGCACUAAAUGCAAUAGGAUUCCAACAGGAAUGCUUAAAUAAUGGAAGAAGAUACUUCAAUGCCUUUGUAAGAAAGAGUUAUAAAAAGUUUGCAUAGGCUUAUACCUGUACAUGUGCCUGAGCUCAGGGAUGUGCUUCCUACUGCACUGAAGUCUGUUCAACAAGUGUAUUUAGAGAGAAACUUCAUUGUGUUCCCGAUCAGGAGGCAUUAAACAGCACAAACAACAGUAUGCUCUUUAUUCACCAGAACAACCUGUUCCUAGCAGUAUUAUCUUCAUGCUCUUUUUAUGAGAAAACAGAUAAAUAGCUGUAUUUUUCACUGUUUAUAACACGAGGUAUUUGUCAGUUAUUGUGCUGUGCUGCUGUGGUAUCACUGGAGCCCAAGGGUUCAGAACUGUGGGGCAGAACAGGUCAGAGGGAUCAGGGACAUCCAGGAUCCCUGAGCAGAUGCCAUGGUGCUGUCAUCCUGCCGGGCUCCCAAAGAGGCUAUUUCAGCAGCUCCCAUUACAAAGCAUGUGCCCUCUCCCAGUUGUCAUGCCUCUGUUCCCUUUUGUGACUUGCAGCUGAACACAAUGGAGCGAACUAAAUAAGCCUGAUUUAAUUUGCACUCAGCUCGGUGGGUGAUGUUAUAAACACUGAUUUACUGCGUGUAGGAACAGCACUAGAAAAACCAAAAAGGUUGUAGGAGAGAAUGUAGGUCCUUGCUCUUUCAGCAUGCUCUGAAGGAGAUGGUCCCAAUGGGAGUGGCCCUAGGUGGACAGGAGCGUCAGUGUGCAGACUUUUCAACAUUGCUCUGCUGGACGUGAUGAGAAGUAAAUCUGUCAGUCCCAACUGGGUCCCAACUAAACCAGCCUUGUGCAGAACUGUGGUGCAGGACGCUCAGUUUCACAUGGCAGUUCAUUUCAAUUCUGUACACAUUGGUUGGUUAUUUUUUAUAUAUAUAUAUAAGAUUUUGUACUUAUUUACUUCAUACCUAUUUAAUGCAGAGCAAGGAGAUUAUUUUGCUAUUGAUUACUUGAUCCGGGAAAGAAGCAGAAUUUGUGCCAUGCCAUGAAUCACUAAGCACUCGCAGCAAUAAACUUUAUUGAGCCACGUGACUUGCUGUUACAGAAUUAUAAAGAAUGCUUUACUGGAAUGAUUAUACCAAACCAUGUACGAUUCAAACUGAAUUAUCUGGCUCACAAUAAAAAUGUUUUUGGCAAUGGCAUCUACUCA